UAUGAAACGUAUCGGUCAACAUUAACAGCUUAUCCAGAAACAUUACUUGGCACAAUGUUUCAAGAUAGAAAUCGAACAAUAGUUCAUGCAAAUGAUGACAAUGAAUAUUUUAUUGAUAGGAAUGGACAUGCAUUUCGUUACAUUUUAGAAUUUUAUCGUAAUGGUGAAGUUAUAUGGCCAAGUGAAGACUUUUUGGAAAAUGAAACUAGCUCAACAUAUGUAUCUCGAUGUGAAUUACUUAAAGAAUUUGAUUAUUUUCAAAUUCCAUUUGAAAUUCCAGAAGCUUUACCUACGA